GAGGAUCCAUACCGACUCCCCUAUGGAGCUAAACCAGUCUGAGGGUCCUCCUCAGCUGAGUGGAGAAUAAAUCCCGGAAGAAAUAAACACGUUUGACACACGGCACCUUGAGGAGAGAGAAUCAAAUCCCAAAUGUGGAUCAGGAAGGUCAGCUUUGAUUCCACUAGAGACACCAGAACUCACGAUGAUUCACAGUGUCACUGUUUGGUUAAUUUAAUAUAUAUAUAAAUGAAUAUGAAUAAGCUGUAUUGUUGUUUAUUUUGAAAAUAAUAAAACCAGCAACAUGAUAAAACUUUCAAAUGUAAAGGUUUUUGAUUCAGCAAGACAUUUAUGUCCCAGUCUAUAAUGUAUAGAGUAUAUAAAACAUUUAACGGCAUUUAACUGAAUAGAUUGGCCCCAUUUGUCACUGAAUGUAAUAUCAGCGUCGGUACAUCGCUAAGUGCUUCCCUAGUCUCCAAUAAGUACAAUUAUGACAGGAACAGCCCUCACAAAAGGUUUAAGCUUUAGUAUUAUUAUAAUGCACCUGGGGGGAAUAGUUCACAAGCUAGAAUAGAAGAACAGUCUGAGCCAUGAUACUAAAAAUAAACUGUGGAUGGCUGACGUGCAAUGUCUUUCAAAUCUGUUAAACUCUCCGUGGUUGCGUGGUGUUUUAUUUGUUCUGUUUUUCCCGAAUCUAGCUGCAAUCUUUUUUUUUUCCCCCUCUUUCUGCAAAGGAAGAUCAAUGUGUUUGACUCAAAGCUAGCGUCCAGUGCUAAACGGAGGACUGCCAGGCUUUUGAUGAUCCGCAGGCUCGUCACUCAUUCUUAGUCAGGCCUGUGCUGGGAGAUAACACCAUUGACCUGCUUAUGCUGAUCAAUGACAUCAUCUGUUCAAGGCCUCUUCCACACGAUUUGCUCUCUCUGUCAUUAACUUGUUUUUCUACUCUUAUCGGUACUUUGUGCUCAGGAUCAGGAUCUUACCCUUUACUUCACGUCGUUCUUUGGAGAACAUGAUUACAAGCACUACAGAACCCCAAAAAAGAAGCUCAGUAAUGAAUUGGUCUCUAAAACAAAGCAGCUGUUUUACUGUUUGAACGUUGUAUCAUGGGUAUUGGUUUUAAUGCUAAGGUCAAGUCAAAGUGCGCCCCGUCCUUCUUCGCCUGCGCCAACGGCGUGCAUUGCAUCAUCGGACGCUUCCGCUGCAACGGCUUCAGUGACUGCCCUGACGGAAGUGACGAGGAGAACUGCACCGGCAACCCUUUGGUGUGCUCAGAGGCUCGCUUCAAGUGUCGAAAUGGCCACUGCGUGGACCGCAGCUUCCUGUGUAACGGCCAGGACAACUGCCAGGACAACAGCGACGAGGAGCGCUGCCUGACUACAGCAGAAGCUCCGGGGCAGGACUUUGUGACACUGGACUAUCGUAUGCGCUACCACCCCAGCAUCACCUACGCCGUCAUUGGCAGUGCAGUCAUCUUUGUCCUGGUGGUGGCCUUGCUGGCCCUGGUGCUCCAUCACCAGAGGAAGCGGAGCGUCCUGCUGCCCAGAGGUGUAGGAGGAGGCACGCACCACCACCACCACCACCAGCCCCUGCUGCUCUCCCGUCUGGUCAUUCUGGACCGGGGCCACGGCCACACCGGGGGUCCCGGCCUCUCCCCCGGCUCAACUCCUCAGACACUGCAGCUGCUCUCUGGGAGCCUUUAUCCCUCUGGGCUCUCCAUGGACUCACCUCCGUCAUACUCACAAGCUGUUCUGGAUGUCAGUCGGCCUCCCUGGUUUGAUCUCCCUCCUCCUCCAUACCUCUCAGAGCCUCCGCCAGAGGGCGAGCUCCCUCGAUACGAGGACCCACAAGACCCGUCGAGCCACAGCAGAGCAGCACAACCCGCAGCGCCGUCCACUCCCAGAACUGAAGCCUCGGGCCCACAGCUGAGUUUGAGCUGUCUUUGAGAGGAGUCGGACCAGCUGUAGCCUCUCUCUGGGUAGAUCUAGUCAGGAAAUCCGAGACUGAAGGACCGAAGGACUGAAGGACUGAAGGACCAGGCUACAGAAAAGACCUGCCGAAGCCACCAGGACUAAGACACUGUCUGAUCGGGUCCUUCACUUGCUGCACACGCACACACACACACACACACACGUGGGCUCACUGGAGCAGCGCCAGCUGCUGAACUGAUCUUUUAUGGGGGCUCCCUCUAGUGGAGGCUUGGCUGCACUACAUCAACCUUAGUUCGACAUUGAGUUGAUGCCCAUUUCGCAUCUGUAGUGUUUUCCAUCGUGGGAUGUUAGUUGUGUUCGUGAUUUCAGUGUUUGAAUGAUAUACUGAUGAUUUUCAAUCAUUUAGCAUUGACGUGUUGAAGCCUUGUUCUUAAAAAAGUUGAUUCCAUGCUAAGAGUAAAUCUAAUUCAAUCUAAUGCAGUGUUGGGUCAUUUUUGGAUUUUUGAUUUCUCAGCAGUUAGAAUCUUUUUCUAGUGUUGAUGUGAAGAGCGACCCGAUAAUAUAGCUACAGUGGACUUGUAGUAAACAAAUAGCAUUUUACAAGUGAGUGGUACCUCAAACUAAACCCAUAUUAUCCAAGAGCUUUUUCAAAGUUAUUUUGUAAAAUAUAAGAAAUACUUCUAGAUAAGAAGUGGAAGUCUUUUUUUAGAAAACCUACAAAUUCAGCAAUUCUGUAUGGCAUUAUUGUUGAAAUGAUGUAGAAAUGAUGUGUAUACGUAUGUAUAGAUAUACAUGUAUAUAUAGUAAGGUACAUCUCAUUCCGCUGAGCAGAGAAUCCUGUGUAUUGUUCAGCACUAACUGUUCCGUUUCAGUUUGAAGACCAAUUAUGUUUUAAUCGAGACACAGCAAGAAAUGUAAAAACUAUUUGGUUGAUGCCUUAUUGUGAGCCAUUUUCUUUUUGGGCACAGAUUUUUUUUAGGCUAUUUAAACAAUAACGUAGUAAUCUCACAUGACAACAUUCAUUUUAAGAAUACCGUCCCUUAAAUAAGAUGUUUUAAUUUUGUCCUCCAGGUUUUUUUAACUAAUAAAUAAGUCAUUUUGGUAAAUCAUCGUCUGUACUAUUAGACAAUGACCAUCAAAGCAAAUCGGAACGAUCUGUGUUCAAAAAUGUUAUAUCACCUAAAAACCUUUUUUUAACGUUCAACAUUCAAAUGUUCAACACUGUAAACAGGAUUUCGGAGAAGUUUAGAAAUCUAUUUAAAAUACGUCUUUAUAGUGAGACACGUGUAAUGUACUUUUGCUUUGAAUCUUUCUUUUCCUUCGGAGCCAGCAAUAAAUAAUACAGAAAACCAAAGAUAAUCAUCAUUAUUAACAUUUGUCCUCACAAGGAAUGAUCAUGUGUCCCACUUACCGUCUGUAUCUUUAUUAUAUUAAAAUGUAUGUUAUCUGAUGUAGUACUGGAAGCAUUUCUCAGGACGCCAUUAAUGCCGUUCUGUCUGU